AGAAAUGGAUAAUGACAACUUAAAUACUUAAUUUUUUCGAUUAAAAAAACUUACUCUUUCCUUCCUCACUACGAACAUUACAUAUAUCGGCCACAGUGACACAGGGAAAACCAAAACCAGAAGAGGGAAGAAGAAAAACAGAGGAGACGAAAUUUCUGUAUAUUUCGGUGCACAAUUAAAACCCUUCUGCCCAACCAGUCCAGCGCCUUCAAUGCUCUCCUUACUCUCUCAUCUCUAUCUCCUCAAUAAACCCAUAAAAUAAAUUAAUUGCAAUCUUUCCCCCAUUCCAUUCCAGUCCAUUCUCCUUCCCACCACCAUAUCUCUCCAUUCUCCAAUAAUCAACGCCUUCCCCUCUUUCCAAUAGGUGUGAGUGGGUGGAAGAAGAAGCAGAAGUGCUGAGCUUUUGUAUUAGUCAAAAUUCUCGGCCAAUCUUUCUCCCCUAUAUAUAGAUUUAUAUUCCAUAGCUACCCAACAAAUUACACAGAUGGCAGAGAUCUCAGGCUCCAACGGCAGCGCCACCAACCACGUCGUCGUUCUUGACGUCAAGCAAGAUCAUCAUCCGCCGGCGCGUUCCUCUUCCAUAUUGUCCUUCUCCGUUCCCUUCGUCCAGAAGUUGGUGGCAGAGUUGUUGGGGACAUACUUCUUGAUCUUCGCCGGCUGUUCGGCGGUGGCCUCGAAUCUGAACUACGAUAAAGUGGUGACGCUUCCAGGGAUUUCGAUUGUCUGGGGACUGGCGGUGAUGGUGCUGGUUUACUCCCUCGGACACAUCUCCGGCGCCCAUUUUAACCCCGCCGUUACUCUCGCCUUCGCUACUUGCAAGCGCUUCCCCUGGAAACAAGUUCCGGCUUAUAUAGCGUGCCAAGUAGCCGGAUCCACCCUCGCCGCUGGGACAAUCCGGCUGAUCUUCCCCGGACACCAGGAUCACUUCACCGGGACUCUGCCGGCGGGACCCGACAUGCAAUCGUUCGUCGUCGAGUUCAUCAUUACCUUCUACCUCAUGUUCGUCAUCUCCGGCGUUGCCACUGACAACAGAGCCAUUGGUGAACUAGCCGGGCUUGCAGUUGGAUCAACCGUGCUGCUUAAUGUGAUGUUCGCAGGGCCGAUCUCGGGGGCGUCGAUGAACCCGGCGAGAAGUUUGGGGCCGGCGAUCGUGUCGCAUCAGUACAGAGGGAUAUGGAUAUAUAUGGUGGCGCCGACGUUGGGAGCCCAGGGCGGCGCGUGGGUUUACAACUUCGUCAGGUACACCGACAAGCCGUUGAGAGAGAUCACGAAGAGUGCUUCUUUCCUCAAGAGCACCGGCCGGUCGUGAUGCGCUUUUGAUCUACCUGUCUGAAAUCUGAUUCAUAGAUGAUAAUGUUGAAGAGAAAGGAAAGCCAUUUCAUCUCUUUUGUACAUCUUUGGUCCCAUAUAUUUGGCUGGAUUGAGAGGGUGUUUUGAUUUGCCAAUUGGGUCCUUUUGUCUAAGUAGCUAGCAGCAGUACAGGCUAGAUCAGUAAAGUUUUAUAACAAAGAACAGAUGAAUUAGCACAAAGGCUAGCCUUCAUAUAUCCUCUUCCCAAGAGGUCGCGACCAUAAUCUUCUCUUCCUGUUGACAUUUUGUGUUUCUCGUUUCAUUUCAAUUUCUACAACUACCGAAUGCUUUGAGUGUACAUUCAAAGUGAUCUAUUCGAAUGAUUCUUUUGGUAAGUUUAUGGGGAACCAUGUCCUUUCGUAUUCAUUAUCAUUUUACGUUGUAAACUGUUAAGUUAUGUUUUAGUUAGAGGUGGCAAAUGGAUUGGAUCGGUGGAUUGAUGGAUUGGAUUGGUGGAUCCAUGGAUCAAAUGGAUUGGAUCUAAUGGAUUGGUGGAUUCAUGGAUUGGAUCAAGUGGAUUGGUGGAUUAUCCAUGAAUCCAAUUGACAUCCUCAACCAAGGACCAAUAUGUAAAAUGUAAAAAGUUUAGGUACUAAAAUGUCAUAAUGAAAAAUUUUAGGUACCAAAACGUAAUUUUCCAAUGAUAUUUUUCGUAUAAAAAUUAAAUUUUAGG